GGAGGAGGAGAGCAGAUUCCCGAAGUGGCCUCCGGACUGGCGCGGCUUCGGCUUGCCGGGCCCCGGCGGGGCAGAGUGUUCGGAGGGCGGGCGGCAGACUUCCCGGGGCCGUGCAAGAGAGGAAAUUCCCGCCUGUCCGGCGGGGAUGAGCCGCCCACAUCCUCCGCGGUCGCCUGCGAAGCCUUAAUGCCCGACGAGCAGACAUGGCCAACGGCAGGCGCGAGACCACCACCCUUCCCUGCGGCAGCCUGGAGGACGAGGACGAGGAGAGGAGGGAAGCGGCGCUCCAGAAGCUGGUCGUCCGCCUGCAGAACGUGCAGGAGGGGAAGCAGCUCGAGAGCUUGCUCCAAACGCUGCAAGACCUCCUCGCCUUCGCUGCCCUGCCAAGCGGUGCCAAGUUAUUCAGGGGCAAAAGUAUCCACGUGCCUCUGCUGCUGGUGUUGGUGUCUUACAUGAGAGUGGGGCGCGUGCAACAGGUGGGCUGGUCACUUCUUUGCAAACUUAUUCAAGUAUGCCCAGAAACUCUGCAUCAUUUAGCAGUUCCUCAAGGGGUUGGAAAGGACUGGGAAGUACUUGGUGUUCAUCAGCAAAUUCUUAAGAUGCUUAAAACCCACAAUGCAAACAUACAUCUUUCAACAGUUGGCCUGAAAGCAUUAAAUCUACUUCUUUCUUCAGAUGAAAUCACGCUUCUUCUCUUAGAAGAAGGGACUGAUAUAUUUUUAUUGAUAUUUGAUGCCAUGGAUACCUUUUCUGAUAAUGAAAAGAUCCAGAAAUAUGGAUGUAAAGCUUUGCACACGCUUUUAGAAAAAGUUCCAGAGGAGCAACUGAUGGAAUUUGUUGAAGAGAAAGAUCACAUGAUUAUACUAAAUGUGUUCAAAAAGUUCCCAGAGAAAGCAGAUGUAGUCUGUUUUGCACUUCGGUCUUUGUAUGUGUUGGCUGGGCCACCUAGCAAUGUGGAAGUUCUUAUGUCUGGAAAUGUGAGGUGUUACAAUAUUAUAGUAGAGAUUAUGAAAGCUUUCCCCGCAUGCCAGCCAAUUCAGGAAGUCAGCUGCUGCCUGCUGCACAAACUUACACUGGAAAAUUUUUUCAAUAUCCUAGUGUUGAAUUUUGUACAUGAAGUUAUUGUGAAGGCGGUGGAAAAGUACCCUGAAAAUGAGAAGCUACAAGCAGCAGGCAUCAGUUGCUUGGCUCUCCUCACGGAAACAAUAUUUUUAAAUAGAGAUUUGGAAGAGAAAAAGGAAGAAGAGGAAGAAGACAAUUUAUGUUGGCUGGAGGCCUGUUAUAAAGCAUUAAAAUACCACAGAAGAAAUAGGGAUGUACAGGAGGCUGCUUGCUGGGCUUUGAACAAUCUGCUUAUGUAUCAGCCUACUCUUAAUGAGAAGAUUGGUGAUGAAGAAGAAAAGUGUCCAGCACACAGAGAAAUGAUGCUAGCCAUGUUAAUGUAUUCCUCUUCCAAAGAAGUAUUUCAGGCUGCGGCAAAUGCCUUAGCUACACUAGUGGAGCAAAAUGCAAGUGCUAGAGAAAUUCUUUUGGCCAAAGGUAUACACAUGAAUGUGCUGGAUAUAAUGCAGAGACAUUUGGAUUCUCCUGAAGUUGCAGAAAGUGCUUGCAGAUUGCUGAACCGUGCUUCUGAAGGAAGUGUCCUCCCUCUGGAUAUCAUGACCGUUGCAGCAUCUGGAGUUAUAAAUGCUAUGAGGAAACAUAAAACCUUGCCAUCAGUGCAGUUGGAAGCAUUUCGAGUGAUUUUACAUUUUACAGCUCCAGGAGUACUAAAAAAUCAACAAGCUCAUUCGGGAGAUGCUGAACUGGCAUUAAAGUUCAAAAUUAUUAAAAAUCAGUGUUUGCUGGAAGGGGCUCAUUCACUUGUCCUUGAUGCUCUCAACAUGUUUAUUGGAAAUCCUGGAAUUCAGAGAGGUGGAUUGCAAAUACUUUCCUCUGUAAUAGAAUGUUGUGGUGCGUUAGAAAUGCUAACACAACAAGGGAUGACAGAUACUGUGCUCCACACACUACAGAUGUAUCCUGAUGAUCAAGAAAUACAAUGUUUGGGUUUAAAUCUUCUGGGAUCCUUGAUAUCAAGAAAGAACUUGAGUAUUGCAGUUGUCCAUGUCCUGGCACCUCUCUUGGUUUCAGCCUUACGACGAUUUAAGGAAGUUGUUGAAAUACAGGCUCAGGGAUUUCAUAUUAUUUUAACAAUACUUGACCCAUCACCUUGGUUUGCAAAGCUGCUCAUAAAGGAAUCAUUUGACACGUCUAUUUUCUACCAAUUGUCCUUGUGUUUUAAUGAUCAAAGAGAUCAGCAGUUUCAAAAUCUUUGUUGUAAAUGCUUUGCGAAAAUAGCUGAACAUGAUGCUUUAAAAAACCUGAUGUUGGAGAAGGCCUGUGAUGAACACAAUGCCAUUAUGGCAGAAUGUUUGCUGUUGCUGGGAGCGGAUGUGAAUAAAAGGACAAAAGCGAAGUCUUUAAUUUAUCAAGUAUGUGAGAAAGGAAGCAACCCAAAAUUGGUAGAGCUACUGCUGAACAGUGGUGCCCGCGAACAGGAUGUUCGGAAUGCUUUAACAGUCAGCAUCAAGAAAGGAGACAGUGAAAUCAUUAGCCUGCUUUUAAAAAAACUUAGCCUGGACGUCGCCAAUAGCAGCAUAUGUCUGGGAGGCUUUGGUAUUGGUAGAAUUGAACCUUCUUGGCUGGUCCCCUUGUUUCCAAAUAAACCUGCAUCCUUCAGGAAGCAAACCAAUCCAGGUUCUGCGUUGGCCGUAAUGGUCCUUCGGUAUCAGAGGACAAGUAGUUACGAAGAUCAGCCAAGAUCUAACAUAAAUAGCCAUGACGAUGAAAUGGAAAAAUGUGACGAGUGGACAAUCCUGCCUGACCCUUUAGUUGACAAUGUUUUCUGUCUGAGUGAUGUAGAGAGCGAAGGGAGUGAAAGUUCAUUUCUUGUGAAGCAAAAAUCUUACUCUGUGGCAGCUGCAGAUCUCCAGAAACCCCUUCAGACCUAUUCUCCUCCCCUUCAAAGGCAUUCCAGAUCUGUGGGACCUGGAUCAUCUUACGAACCAUUAAGGAGCCAAAGAAGAAAAAUUGUGUCUUCUGAAGAAUCAUAUAAAGGCACAUCUAAAUUCCAAUCAAACAUGAAGGGCUCGGACAGUUUCUCUUCACUGGUGUCUGACAGAGAAUGUAUUAAGUCACUUGACCUGUCGUCAAAUGAGCUGGAGAAUAUAGAUCCCAUCAGUCAAAGUUCUUGUUUACUUACUCAUUUGGAACCUCUGGAGAAAUUAGAGCUGCAUCAAAAUGAGCUUUCUUGCAUUCCAAAACAACUCUGUGAGACCUUGAAAUGUUUGACAUACCUCGACCUACACAGUAACCGUUUGAAAUCUUUUCCACAAUAUCUCUUGGAAAUGCCUCAGAUUGCUCACCUCGAUGUUUCACGAAAUGAUAUUGGACCAUCCUUAUCUUUCAAUCCAAACAUUACCUGUCCAACUCUAAAGUUACUGAAUUUAUCAUACAACCAAUUGUCAAGCAUUCCUGAAUAUCUUGCCAACGUUCUAAUAAAGCUGGAGCAUCUUAUAUUGGAAGGUAACAAACUUUCAGGUAUAUUCUCACCAAUAUGUUUGAAAGAACUGAAAGUUUUGAACAUUAGCAAGAAUGGCAUAUCGUUUUUGGUAGAGGAAUUUCUGAAGGAGUGUUUGAAACUGGAAAUGCUCAGCGCAGGGGCAAAUUUACUUGGUACCAUACCCGACUUGCCAUUUAACAUAACUACAUUGAAACUAUCUCAGAAUGUUUUUUCUCAUGUUCCAAAAGCAAUUCUUCUUCUACCACAUUUGCGAUCAGUGGAUUUAAGCAGCAAUAAAAUUGUAACAUUACCUGGGCCUGUGGAUUGGAAAUCCUCCAAUUUAAGAGAGCUGCUGUUUAACCAUAAUCAAAUAAGCAUUCUAGACUUGAAUGAAAAAGCUUUUUCAUGGUCUCGGCUCGAAAAGCUACACCUGUCUAACAACAAAUUAAAAGAGAUUCCUCCUGAAAUUGGGUUUCUUGAUAACUUGACAUCUUUUGAUGUUAGUUACAAUCCAGAGUUAAGAUGUUUUCCAGAUGAAAUGGGAAAGUUGUUGAAAAUAUGGGACCUGCCUUUGGAAGGAUUACAUCUUAACUUAGAUUUUAAACAUGUGGGAUGGAAAGCGAGGGAUAUUAUCCGGUUCCUUCAACAGCGUUUAAAGAAAGCUGUCCCAUAUAAUAGAAUGAAGCUCAUGAUUGUUGGAAACACUGGCAGUGGUAAAACGACCUUGUUACAACAACUAAUGAAAUGCAGGCGGCCAGACUUGGGGACUCAGAAUCCUACAAUUGGAAUUGAUGUGAAUGACUGGAAGAUUCCACUGAAGGGCAAAGUAAAGAAAGAAAUAAUUUUAAAUGUCUGGGAUUUUGCAGGUCAGGAGGAAUUCUAUAGCGCUCACCCCCAUUUUAUGACUCAGCGAGCUCUAUACCUUGCUGUUUAUGACGUUAGCAAAGGAGAGUCAGAAGUGGAUGCUAUGAAACCAUGGCUGUUCAACAUCAAGGCCCGAGCAUCAUUGUCACCUGUGAUUCUCAUCGGUACUCAUUUAGACAUUUCUAAUGAGAAACAGCGUAGAGUUUGCAUCAGUAAAAUCGCCAAGGAACUGAUGAAUCAGAGGGGAUUUCCCAAAAUCCACGACUAUCAUUUUGUGAAUGCGACAGAAGAAUCUGAGACUAUGACUAAACUUCGACAAAUCAUCAUAAAAGAAAGUCUGAAUUUCAAAAUCAGAGAUCAGCCAGUGGUUGGCCAGUUAAUUCCAGACAGCUAUUUAGAACUUGAGAAGAGUAUUCUAGAAGAACGCAAAAAUGUGCCAGUUGAAUUUCCUGUGAUCAAUCAGAAACGGCUAUAUGAAUUGGUGCAAGAAAAGCAGUUGCAGUUGGAUGAAAAUGAACUCCCUCAAGCUGUGCAUUUUCUGAAUGAAUCAGGUGUCCUCCUCCAUUUUCAAGAUCCAGCGCUUCAGCUAAGAGAUUUGUAUUUUGUUGAUCCCAAAUGGCUGUGUAAAAUCAUGGCCCAGAUCUUGACAGUGAAGGUUGAUGGCUGUACUAAAUACCCCAAAGGAAUCAUAAAGCGUUCUGAUGUAGAAAAAUUCCUGCUAAAGAAAAGUAAAUUUCCUAAGAUCUACAUGUCCCAGUACUUCAAGCUUCUAGAAAAAUUUCAGAUUGCCUUGCCACUAGGAGAAGAUCAACUGCUUAUUCCAAGCAGCUUGUCAGAUCAUCGGCCUGUGAUAGAAUUACCCCACUGUGAAAACUCUGAAAUUAUUAUUAGACUGUAUGAGAUGCCAUAUUUUCCUAUGGGAUUCUGGUCCAGGCUAAUUAAUAGACUGCUUGAAGUGUCUUCAUAUAUGCUUUCUGGAAGAGAACGAGCUCUUCGUCCUAACAGGAUGUAUUGGAGGCAAGGCAUAUAUCUGAAUUGGUCCCCAGAAGCUUACUCCUUGGUGGAAUCUGCAGUUCUUGAAAACAAUCUGAACAGCUUUCUAAAAAUUACUGGGCCUUCCUGCAGAAAAGGUUGCAUCAUUUUGGGACAAGUUGUUGAUCACAUUGAUUCUCUUAUGGAAGAGUGGUUUCCGGGUUUAUUAGAAGUAGAUGUUUGUGGUGAAGGAGAAACACUGUUAAAAAAAUGGGCUUUAUACAGUUUUGAGGAUGGGGAAGAACAUCAGAAAAUAUUACUUGAUGACCUACUUAAAAAGGCAGAGGAAGGUGACCUCUUGAUAAAUCCAGAUCAACCAAAGUCUACCAUUCCAAUAGCCCAGAUUGCUCCUGAUCUGAUUCUGGCUGAUUUACCUAGAAACAUCAUGUUGAACAACGAUGAACUGGAAUUUGACGAAGCUCCAGAGUUUCUUCUAGGUGAUGGUGGAUUUGGAUCUGUGUACCAUGCUUCUUAUGGUGGGGAAGAAGUAGCUGUAAAGAUUUUUAAUAAGCAUACAUCUCUUAGACUUCUAAGACAAGAACUUGUGGUGCUUUGUCAUCUUCACCACCCUAGUCUGGUAUUCUUGCUGGCUGCUGCAGUGCGCCCCCGGAUGCUCAUCAUGGAAUUAGCACCAAAGGGUUCUUUAGAUCGAUUAUUGCAGCAAGACAAUGCAUGUCUAACUAGAACCUUACAGCAUAGGAUAGCUCUACAUGUUGCAGAUGGCUUGAGGUAUCUACAUUCUGCAAUGAUCAUCUAUCGUGAUUUAAAGCCCCACAAUGUACUGCUCUUCACGCUGUAUCCCAAUUCAGCGGUCAUAGCAAAGAUUGCUGAUUAUGGCAUUUCCCAAUAUUGUUGCAGAAUGGGAAUAAAAACUUCAGAGGGCACACCAGGAUUUAGAGCACCAGAAGUUGCAAGAGGAAAUGUUAUUUACAAUCAGCAAGCUGAUGUUUAUUCAUUUGGCUUGCUCCUGUAUGACAUUUUAACAGCUGGUGGGAGAAUAUUAGAAGGCAUGAAAUUUCCUAAUGAAUUUGAUGAAUUAGCUAUCCAUGGAAAAUUGCCAGACCCUGUCAAAGAAUAUGGCUGUGCCCCCUGGCCAGGAGUUGAAGAUUUAAUUAAGAAGUGUUUGAAAGAAAAUCCUCAGGAAAGACCUACAUCUGCCCAGGUUUAUGAAAUUUUGAACUCUGCAGAACUCGUUUGUUUGAUGAGAUACAUUUCAGUGCCCUGUCCUUCUGCAUCAGAAUGCAUGGUGGCUACAAAUCAAAGCAGCAAAAGGACAGGCAUCUGGAUUGGGAGUGGGAGCAGAGAAGGAGCCCAACUCUCGUUUGUUGACUUAAAUACCGAUGAACGCACCUGUCAAGACAUUGAAGAUAGUAGAAUAUUGUGUUUGGUCUUGGUGACUUUUCCUGCAGAGAAGGAGAACUGGGUUGUAGCAGGAACACAGUCAGGUUCCCUCUGGGCCUUCCACACCCAAGAUGAGGAAUGCAGGCAUCAGUUUCACAAGAUGUCAGAUUCUGUCACCUGCCUUUACUGCAGUCCUUUGUCAAAGCAUAACAAGCACAAGAAUUUCUUUUUGGUGGGUACAGCCAAUGGACAGUUAGCCGUUUUUGAGGACAGAGCAGUAAAGGGCAAAGGUGCUGCACCUUUAAAGAUCUUUCCAAUUGGAAACAUCAGCACUCCACUGAUGUGUUUAAGUGAAUCGAAUUAUUCAUCUGAAAAAAAUACCAUCUGGGGAGGCUGUGGGACAAAGAUAUUAUCAUUGUCCAGUGAUUUGUCUAUCCACAAACUCAUUGAGACCAAGACAAGUCAGCUAUUAUGCCACAAGGCAUACUGCGAUGCCAAUAUUAUUUCUAUAGCAGUAGAUAAAUCCAUCUACCUGGCAAAGAAGAAUAGCUAUUUUGUUGAAAUUUGGGACAAAAAGGCAGAGAAACUUUGUGAACUAAUUGACUGCGUGCAUCUUCUAAAAGAGGAGGUACCAAAACUGAAUAAAGAAUCAAAACAACAACUGUCUUAUCCUGGAAGAGUGAAGAGCAUCUGUCUUCAGAAAAAUACUGCACUGUGGAUAGGCACAGGGGGAGGGCAUAUUUUUCUACUUGAUCUCUCCACGCGCCUCCCCAUACGGAUAAUACAUGAUUUCUGUCGUUCGGUGAGACUCAUGAUGACAACCCAACUAGGCACCCUCAAGAAUGUUGUUCUGGUGUUGGGUUACAGCCAUGAAGAUGAUAGUGAAGAUAAAUACGCUAAAGGAAUACAAUCUUCAGUGUCCAUCUGGGAUGUUAAUCUGCCACAUGAAGUGCAAAACUUGCGAAAACAUAUUGAGAUGAGAGAAGAGUUAGCAGAGAAGAUGAAGAAUUUUUCUUUGGAUUAACUUGCAGCCAGGCUUCUGUCUAAGAUGCUGCUGCUUUAAGGAUUCAACUAGUUAAUGUGACCUUUAAUGAAACCCCAACAUUUUCUCAGGCUUGGAUGGAAGCCAGAAAAAGGAAGACUGCUUUAAUGAAGUGCAGGGGAGUGCUGUGCUCACAGGAGGUCUGAAUCACUGCUUCCAAAUUGUUUUCACAAUGGAAAGCACAAACAGGUUCACCGUUAUUGUUAGGAAUUUGCAUAGCUGAAUGCUGCAUUUGGGAUCCUGAUAUAAAGAGAAGAGUCUCUAUCAAUAUAUUGGCUUUGAUGUCUGGUAUUAUCCAGUUAUUUAUAAUCAGUGUGCAGAACUUGGCUGCUUUAUUUUUCCUAAAUACUGUAUAUACCUUUACACACUUUUGUGAAAGCAACCAUGAUUCAGUGUCUAGUGACCUGAAUCUUUGUUACAUAUUAUAACCUUGGGGAUCCUUUUCUGAUAUUCCCUGCGGGCAAACUCCCUUUAAUCCUGAUGCUUCCAGAAUCAGGGACUUUUUCCCUGAAACAAAUUGGAAUUAUCAGGAGGAAGGAAGAAGGAUGUAAAAGCCCCAACACCUUUGAUUGUAGUGGUACAGCCUGAAGUGUAGGGUGUGCCCACAAGACAUCCUACACGUUUAAAUGUCUGUCUGGAAGUACAGAAAAAGAACUAUUGUCUGCAAUAGCUGUGUGUUGCAGAUUAAUAAUUGUAAAGCUCUCAAGACAUUCUUGUUUUUCCAUACAAGAUAAAUGUUUUGUUUACAUGGAAAAGUGUAAUUUAAAAGUAUAUAUUAAAAUGUAAUAAGCUUUUCUAUAUCUUAAACAAAGCAGUUUGUUAUAUAAAUUAUUUGGAAUACAAUCUGUGCAGUUACCAAAGUUUUAUUAUGCAUGAUUAUUUCAAAUCAAAUAAAACAUGUUGAUACCAAUACAA